AUUUGGAUUGGGAACAGAGGGCUAAGAAGCUCUUGAUGAGUUUGACUAGCUUUCUAAAACAACCUUUCCACACUCUCACAAUCACCCUUCUCAGUCUAUUGCUUCCCCUCUCAUUCCUCCUCCUAGCCAGGCUUUCUUGCGCUAACUAUCUCUUAAACUUAAGCUUCACCCCUCUUCAUCCUGAUCCUAAUUAUAACACCACCACUACUAGUAGUACUCUAUUUUCUCUGCUCCGCUACGCCACCCCUUCUCUUCUCUACUUUCUUGUUUCCAUUGUCAGCACAGCCGCUUUCAUCCAUUGCCUAACAGGUAAAAUUACCAUCAUAACCGAGUUCCCAACUCCCAUUUUCCGUCCCCGUUUGUACACUGCCUGGAUUUUCCUAUGCACAUUACAAGUCUGCGUUGGUUUGGGAAUCGAAGGGAGCAUAGCCGCGGGGAUCAAUGGCGCUACUUUAGGCGGCGUUGAUGAGAGAAUAUGUCUGCUGAGCAGAGCAAUAUUUUUCCUGGGGUUGCAUGAGACCAUGCUCCAUUGGUGCAGAGUUGUGGUGAAGCCGGUGGUGGACGACACGGUUUUUGGUGCAGCUAGAGGGGAAAAAUGGGUUGAGAGGGUGGCAGUGGCUGCCAGCUUUGGUUGUAUAUGGUGGUGGAGGUUGAGGGACGAGGUGGAGUCUUUGGUCGUUGUAGCUAAGGCCAAAAGAGAGCUGUCAAUGGGCAUAGGUGUGGCUGACUUUGUUGGUUGGUGGUUAUAUUACCUCAUUGUAACUAUUGGAAUGGUUAGAGUGGUGAAGGGUGUUAUGUGGCUUUCCAUGGUUUUGUUAUGUAGGAGGAGAUCAGGAGGAGGCAAUUUUGCUAACAGUUGCGCAGAAGAUCAUGAUCUUCAAGACAACAAGGUCUAAAUCUCAUAAUCUGAUUGGAUCGAUCGAUUGAUUAUUUUGAGCACAGAAAUAUUCCCUCUUCUUUUCUUUCACACAGGAAUUCGUAAUUGUUCCAAA